AUGAAACUCUUAGAAUACGGUAUAAAGAUUGGCCACACCAAUCAAUAUCCAAUGAACUAUGGAAGCAAAUCUUUCCCGUUAGAAGAAAGAACCAAUCCAACAUUCAAAGAAAAUAUGGAACCGGAUUUUUUGUCGUUUCCAGUAACCUUACAAAACAAAGAUCGUCCUCCUAAGUCAUUUCCUAAAAGCACCCCAGAUCGGAGUUUUAUGUUAGGCGUCGACCGCAACACUUCGAGGCA